GCGCAGGGAGCGCGCCGCGCGGCAGACAGAGAGGCGUGACGCGCAGGAACCACAGCAUCUCCAGGAUGGCAGGUCCUCCUGACGGGCCCUCGGCUCUGUGCUGCGGGAUCAGACCUGCAGCCCUUUGAGGACGAUGGACCCUAAGAACCCGCCGGGCCCCGGCUCGAGGAUGGAGCCCAGAACCUGCAGACGCACCGUCGCCGUGAUCCUGCUGGUGGCCGGCACACUGGUGUCCAUGGUGACUUCAAGCUCACCUGCUACAGGUGUGCUGGACUUCAAAAGGACAGCAGAGUCUCCAUCUCUUCCUUCAUCCCCCUCCUCCCCUCCCAGACCCCUGGCCCCCAGCCCGCUCUCAGACUCUGGUUACCACGGUGGUGCAGGCUCGGCGGAGGACUCAGACUCUGGUGCUCAGGGGAUCCACCUCCUGCUGAGACCGCCAGACCUACUGUCCCCCAGCCUCCUCCCGCCCCUGCCCCCACAUGCCCAGCCCACAUUCACCCCUCCUCCCCCCUGGGAGCACGGCCCUUCCCUGGAGGAGGCCUGGGGCUCCGGAGACUACCUGGAGACUCUGUCCUUCAUGGUACCUGAUGGCGAGGAGCUGACGCUCGCCACGCCGCUGCCCAACCACCCCUACGACGAGGACGACGGCGGGGACUGGGUCUCUUACGACACUGCCUUUCCCGCCCGUCCCACCGUACCCAUCUCCUCCCGCUUACCUCUCUCACCCUCCUCCUCCACCCCCAGCAUCACCCUGCACACUCGGCCCACCCAUCCCGACAUCUUCCCCACCUGGGACGAGGACUACGACCUGGAGGAUCUGAUGCCUCUGGAGCCGACAGAGCUGCUCCUGCCGGACAUGAACAGCAUGGAGUACUACACAAACAUGCUGGCCCAGGAGAGAGAGAAGGAGAGGGAGAGAGAGAGGGAGAGAGAGAGGGAGAGAGAGGGACAGAGGGGAAGGGGUAGAGACCAGGACCGGGUCAACCGGACUGACUCCAAACCCCCCAUCACCCCCACAACAACCCAAACCCAACGCCCUCCUACAACCCCGUCCCCAAGCUCCGGUUCUCCUCCAGGAUGGGAGUCCAAGCAUCCCCCAGAGCGGCCCACCUCUCUGCUCACCCUCUCACCUACACUCACAGGUAAGGAGAAGCCACCUCUGCCAUCAGCCACCGUCAAAAUCGUUUCUUCUGCUGCUCCAAAACCUAAAGAUGAAGCCCCAACCCUGGGCAGACACCCUCCUCCUCAACCCCCUUCCAACAUCACCGGCCGGGUGCCUCCCCCUCCCCCGCUGGGGCCACCCACCCGCCCCGACAGACCGGAAAGGCUUCCAGCAGUCACAGAGAAGCCAGUGAAGGCUCCCCCGCCCACCACCACCAGCACUACCAGGGCAACAACCACAACCACCGCCAUCACCACCACCCAGAACACAGCCAUCAGCCUGACCAGAGCGCCUCCCCUCACCACGGCCAGAGUGACCCCGCCUGCUAGACAGUACCUAUGCAACAUCACCAAGCCGGAGAUGUACCUGGUCCGAGUCGUCAGCUCCAAAGGUUCAUCAGCAGGCUUCACUGCAGUCAGAGAUCUUCUGAAGAGAGAGUUCAACCGCUCCGUGGAGCUCCAGUUCCUCAGAACACCGUCCAGUUUUGCCUUCCGGGUCGUGUCUGGACCGCUGAUCUUCACCACCAUGUCCGUCAUCAAUGCCCUCCGCCAGCUGCCGCGCAGCUCCAGCCCUGUUCCCUCCGUGUCGCCGCUCUACACCGUGCCGGACCUCCGGUACCAGAUCCACUCGGUACUUCAGUUUGUUCCCACACACGUAGACGUACGAGUCUGCAACUUCAGCCAGCGGGUCGAGAGAGGUCUGACGAUGGCGUACGCAGAGACACGGAGACGAACACAUGAGGCGGGAAACGUCACCGUACAGCUGUUGAACAUCACCACGACUGUGACCGGGCCGGUGACAGUGGUGGUGGCACCAGCGAAGGUUUCCGUUGACAUCACCUUUGCAGUGCGAGACGGGCGAGGCUACCUGCUGGGGUCAGAGGUCAGCAAACACCUGAGGAAGCUCAGCCUGGUCGAGUUCAGCUUCUACAUCGGAUUUCCUGCCCUGCAGAUCGCAGAACCUUUCCAUUACCCUGAGCUGAACACGUCCCACCACCUGCGCUCCACCUGGGUCCGUACAGUGCUGUUGGGCGUUCAGGAGCUGACGGUGGCUGAGAAAAGUUUUAAAGCUCGUCUGGAGAGACGUCUGGCUCUGCUGCUGGAGGAGGGACUGCAGACACCCAGCAGGAGGCGCUGGAGGAGAGCUACAGCCGUGGGAAACAACAGUCUGCAGGUGGUGCGGGUGGCGCGGCUGUCAGGCCCGGAGCGCCCCCUGGAGGUCUUUUAUUUUGUGGAGGGUCCAGGUGGACAGCGGCUUCCAGCCGAGGCCACGGCGCUCACCCUGAACCGACUGGACCUGCAGAGAGCAGCCAUCGUCCUCGGACACCGAGUCCAGAAACCCAUUGCCCAACCUGUGGAGACGCUCUCCAUCUCCCCGGCGGAGACCCAGAGCAGCAGUAUCUGGCUGAUUGUGGGCGUGGUGGUCCCGGUGCUGCUGGCGGUCUUCAUCAUCAUCAUCCUCUACUGGAAGCUGUGCGGCUCCGAGAAGCUCGAGUUCCAGCCAGACGCCAUCAAUACCAUCCAGCAGAGGCAGAAGCUUCAGGCUCCCAGCGUGAAAGGCUUCGACUUUGCAAAGCUGCACCUCGGUCAGCACAGCAAAGACGACAUCAUGGUGAUCCAGGAGCCCGGCCCGCUGCCCGCGCCCGCAAAGGAGGCCACGCCCUCCGACGUCGGGGACCUCAACACCCCCAAAUCUAAAGGCUCAUCCACCAAGGUGGCACGGUCCAGCCGCCGCAGGGGCAGGCUCAGCCCGUCAGACGGAGACUCUUUAGGCAGCGACCAAUCGAGCGGUAGAGAAUCUGCAGAAGAAAGCACACGACCCGUGGCCAUGCCCAGCGAGGGGAAGCAGCACAGGAAGACGCCUAAGAAUGGGAGGAACAAGAUGGGCAGUGGUCCAGACGAGCUUCUCUCCUCGUCCUCCAUCUUCGACCACGUCGACCGUCUGUCUCGUGGCUCAUCUGACGGCACGCGUCGCCAGGCCAACAAGGUGCAACUGAUCGCCAUGCAGCCGCGCCCGAGCCCGCCACAGCCACACGGCCCGUCCCAUCUGAGCCCCACCCUCACCGAGAAGGUCAGCACAGAGGUGGCGCUGAGACACAAGUCUGAGAUCGAGCAUCACAGGAACAAACUUCGGCAGCGCGCCAAGAGGCGGGGUCAGUGUGAGUUUCCCUCCAUGGACGACAUCAUGGACGCAUUCGGAGAAGGGCCGGUGCAGAGCGAGGUGGCGCAGCGGCUCUAUAGCUCCGCCCACGACCACAUGGACUGCAUCCUGCAGGCCGACGCUCACUCACCCCCCACGCCUACCGACUCCAGGAGGAGAGGGAGGCGCUCUCCUCGGGGCCGACGGUCUCAGCCAGGACCUGGAAGUCUUCCUGAUACAGACAGAGACCGGCUGCUCACCGACCACAGCGCCACCUACAGGAAAUACCCAGGAUUCAACAACGUGGCCUACAUGUCUGACCCUGACCUGCCCCCGGACCACGGCAGCCCCUCCCCCACCGACGAGGUGUUUGACUCCGCACCACCCCCACCUCCCUACAUGCCCCCCCAGCCCUCCAUCGAGGAGGCGCGGCAGCAGAUGCACUCCCUUCUGGACGACGCCUUCGCCCUGGUGUCGCCAUCCUCGCAGGGCAGCGCCGGGGUGAGCGGGGUAAGCCCUGCCCUGCCCAGCCCCUCCCCCCAGCCUCGCCCCCCAGGCAGGCAGUGGGGCUCUUACCCAGCUGCCCCCGCUUACAGCCCCUUCUCUGCUAGAUAUGCAGAGCUGGGAAUGUCUCCCACGUCAAUGCAGGGCCUGCUGCAGAGGCAGGGCCUGAGCUCAGGAGGGUAUGUUUCUACUGGAGAGCAGCUGCAAGAGUCUGUUUACUCCAGCAGGGGGCAGUACGAUGACCCCCCUUCCUCGUCCAGACCACGACCUGUAGGGGGCAGCACAGGUGCACAGCUCCACCACCUGACCCAGGUGGGUUUGUCCAGUCAGAUCAGUGCGUACCCCGGGGUGGGUCGCAGCAUGUCGGGACCCACCGGCUCCAGCUGGAACCAGCAGCACUCGGACCAGGACCUGAGCAGACCCAGAGCCAGCAGAGAGAGUGUGCUGUCAUUUCCUGAGUUCUCCUCUUCGUCUGUUUUCCAGAUGCCCAGCUCCGCAUUGCGGGAUCCGUCGGCUCCGCCUCUCCUCCUGACCUCACCUACUCCAGAGUACCCGCCAGAGGACGCUUCGCCCUCCGCCCACACCUCCGCCUCCCUAAUAAAGGCAAUCAGGGAGGAACUGCGACGUCUGGCCCAGAAACAGGCUGCAAUAACCAGCUACCCUUAGACUGGUGAAUCAGGACUCAACUGGUUUUAAUCAUUAUUGUUUUUAAGAGCCUGUAAAGACUGGAUUACAACCAUGAAAUUAACUGAUCCGCACUCUGGACUCUCUUGAGCUAAUCUACAUCUGUGCCGCUAAACACAAAAUGAUUCUGGAUCACAAUCCAUGUCUGAAAAAAAAGACAGUGUCUGUAAGACCUCCGGUAUUUUACAGGGUCCCGUCUGUCGGUCCGUCCGUCAUCCUUCAGCUCAGUGUUUCAUCAGACGGGAGUUUCCAUUGAAGUGCUUCCCUGGAGUCGAUUAUUUGAUAAACAUCCUUCCUGAAUUACUGGAGUGGAUCAUACUUUUUGAACUUCUGGAGCAGCAAGUCAUUCCUAAAUUGGAUCUAGAGCAGAUCAUCUCUCCCGACCCUCUGGAGGGGAUUGUCCUUCCAAAGGAGAUGGUUGCUAUCAAGAGAAUGGUCCCUCCUUAAGUUCCCCCUGAGCAGAUUUGAGAUCUGAAGCAGAUUGUCCCAGAAGAACAUCCUUCCUAAACAUCUGAAAGGAAUGGUCCCUCCUGACCUUCCAGAGUGGAUCGUGCUACUUGAAGUUCUGCAGUGGUUAUCUCUCCUGAAGUUCUGCAGUGAAUCAUCCCUCCUGAAGUUCUGCAGUGGAUCAUCCCUCCUGAAGUUCUGCAGUGGAUCGUCCCUCCUGAAGUUCUGCAGUGGAUCAUCCCUCCUGAAGUUCUGCAGUGGUUGUCUCUCCUGAAGUUCUGCAGUGGAUCAUCCUUCUUAAAGUUCUGCAGUGGAUCGUCCCUCCUGAAGUUCUAAGCUGGUUGUCCCUCCUGAAGUUCUGCAGUGGACCCUCCCUCUGGACCUUCUGUGGUGCUAGCCGUCAGCCUCAUACCAUCCGUCCUCAUUGACCACUUAUUGCCUUCCACACUCCCAUCAGCCACGGGGAUCAGGUCUCCGUUCAUAAACCAUAUCCAUGAGGUCUUUGCACUGUCGACAGCUGGAGGUGAAGUACAGUUCCUACAGUAAGGGAACGCAAAACAGGAAAAAAAAAAAAAAAAGUAUAUAUCUAUAAGAGUAAAUAUGAAUAUCUGUAAAGAGAAUCCCAAU